AUGUCGCCGCACCCUCCCGCGCCCGCCUCGUCGUCGAACGCGACGGUGGAGCUGGGCGCGGCGAUCGAGCGGUCGCUGUCGCGCGUGCACGAGUUGGAGCGCACCGUCUCGCUCUUCCACGAGUCCAACCAGCUGCUCCUCCUCGACCGCAUCAACGGCCUGGUCACGGGGUUCGCGGAACUACUCGGCGCAGCGGAACAGUGCGAGGCGCAUGUGCCGCUGGACGUGCUCAGGUGUGUGGACGAGGGGCGCAAUCCGAACGAGGUGACGAGGGAGCUGCUGCGGGGCUGUGUGGCGCACAACGCCACCACCAAGGGCAAGGUCGACGCCUUCAAGGCGCUGCGAGCGCAGCUACUGAGUGAGAUGGACCGAGUGUUUCCCGAGGAGACCGAGGCCUACCGCGACCUGCGCCUGCACUCCCUGCAGCUUGUGCGUCAGGAAAGGGAAGCGACUAAAGCAGCUGAGGAGGCAGCUAAAGCAGCAGUGGCAGCUAAGGCAGCAGAGGAAGCAGCAAAAGCGGCAGCGGCAGCGAAGGCAGCAGAAGAAGCAGCUAAAGCAGCUGAGGCAGAAAAAACAACAGAGAAAACAGUGGCAGAUGAAGCAAAGGAGAAAGCACAGAAGGCAGGAGAUGUGAGUGCGGAUAAAGAGUGUGUGAUGGAGGUGAAUGGUGGCGGUGUGAAGGAGAGGGGCGAGGGAGCGGAGGAGAGGGGAGAUGUGAAAAAACAGAACCAGGGGGAGGCCAAAGGGGUGUGUGGUGAAAGCGCUACCAUGGGUUCUGAGCGUGAGGACAAUGUGUAUCGCGCCAAGCUCGCCGAGCAAGCUGAGCGCUAUGACGAAAUGGUGGAAGCCAUUGAAGAUGUUGCUAAGAUGACCGACGGAGCUGAGCUUUCCGUUGAAGAGCGUAACCUUCUCUCCGUUGCUUUCAAGAACGUCGUUGGUGCUCGUCGUGCAGCGUGGCGCAUCGUGUCGUCGAUCGAGCAGAAGGAGGAGAGCCGAGGACAUGAAGACCGCGUAGCCGUCAUUAAGGAGUACCGCGCUAAGAUCGAGAAGGAGCUCGACGAGGUUUGCGGACGUAUCCUGUCUCUUCUGGACACCACUCUUAUCCCGGCUGCAAAGACUGCUGAGUCGAAGGUGUUCUAUCUGAAAAUGAAGGGCGACUACCACCGUUACCUCGCUGAGUUCAAGACUGGCGCUGAUAGAAAGGAUGCUGCUGAGGCAACACUGGCUGCUUACAAGGCAGCUCAGGACAUUGCCAAUGCUGACCUCGCUUCCACUCACCCGAUCCGUCUUGGCCUUGCUCUCAACUUCUCCGUCUUCUACUACGAGAUUUUGAACUCUCCCGAGCGCGCUUGCACUCUUGCCAAGCAGGCGUUCGACGAGGCUAUUGCUGAACUCGACACAUUGGGGGAGGACUCAUACAAGGAUAGCACGCUGAUCAUGCAGCUGCUGCGGGACAACCUUACACUCUGGACUUCUGAUAUGCAGGACGAGGCUACCGAAGAGAAGGCAGAUGCUUGA